AUGGAGGACGGUCAUGCUGUUGAGUGCUCUGUAAACGAUGACCUUCUAGCUUCUUCUUCAAAGCUUCCCACAUCACAAAUUCCCCUCUCAAUUGAGAAGGGACGUAGUGGGAUUAAAAUUAAAUGGCUCAGCGAUCUGCCUGAACUAAAAUUGUUCUUAGAAUGCCAACUUAAGUUAUCAGGCGAGUGGUCGUUUACAACGAAUAACGGCGGCUUUCAUGUGUUGAAAUGUGAUACGGUCACGAUUUCAUUCUACUCGACUACGAAGACAGUAAACGUACAAGGUGCAAUGAAGGAUGUAGUGAAGAAAAAUAUUUUAAGCUAUGCUACUUUAUCUGAAGAUUCUAGUGCCGAAACAACUGUGCUAGCCAACCAUGUAAAUUAUGGCAACUUCGAAGACGAAGUCGAAAGCGAAGCAUGUGAUGCUGCUGGUAAACAGACCCAAGACAAAGAUUUGGAGUCAA